AGGGGCCCGGGCCCGGGGCCGCCGCGGAGGCCGGAGGAGGCAGCCGGGCCGAGACGCUGCUGGAUCUCAGCGCCAAGUGGGUGGCGGAGACGUGGGCCUUCGAGCAGGUGGAGGAGCGAUUCUCCCGCGUCCCGGAGCCUGUGCAGAAGCGCAUCGUGUUCUGGUCCUUCCCGCGCAGCGAGCGUGAGAUCUGCAUGUACUCGUCCCUCGGCUGCCACCCCCCCGAAGGCGAGCGAGACUCCCGGGUGCCUUUCAACCGCGGCCUGCACCUGCUGCAGUCGGGGGCCGUCGACCGGGUGCUGCAAGUGGGCUUCCACCUCAGUGGGACCGUGACGGAGCCGGCUGGCCCCAGCGAGCCGGAGCCGAGCUUCCACGUCUCCAUCAGCUUUGACCGUUGCAAGAUCACGUCGGUGAGCUGCGCCUGCGACAACCGGGACAUCUUCUACUGCGCCCACGUGGUGGCACUGUCGCUGUACCGCAUCCGCAACGCCCGGCAGGUGGAGCUGCGCCUGCCCAUCUCCGAGACCCUCUCCCAGAUGAACCGCGACCAGCUGCAGAAGUUCGUCCAGUACCUGAUCAGCGCCCACCACACCGAGGUGCUGCCCACUGCCCAGCGGCUGGCCGACGAGAUCCUCCUGCUGGGCUCGGAGAUCAACCGCGUGCACGGCGCCCCAGACCCCACGGCUGGCGCUGGCAUCGAGGACGCCAAUUGCUGGCACCUGGAUGAGGAGCAGAUCCAGGAGCAGGUCAGGCAGCUCCUGUCCAACGGCGGGUACUACGGAGCCAGCAAGCAGCUGCAGUCCAUGUUCAACAAGGUACGCGAGAUGCUGCGGAUGCGGGACUCCAACGGUGCCCGAAUGCUGAUCCUGAUGACGGAGCAGUUCCUGGAGGACCCGCGCCUGGCCCUGUGGAGGCAGCAGGGAGCCGGCAUGACAGACAAGUGCCGGCAGCUGUGGGACGAGCUGGGGGCCCUGUGGGUGUGUGUGGUCCUGAACCCCCAUUGCAAGCCUGAGGAGCGCGCCCUGUGGCUGGCGCUGCUGAAGAAGUGGAACAAGCUGGAUGUCUGCCCCUUGGAGGAGGGGAACUAUUCCUUCGAUGUGCCUGGAGCCACCGCGGCCCUGCAGCUCCCCUCAGUCCCCAGCGCAGCCGGCGCCCGCCAGACCGUCUUCGGCCGCGCCAUCAAGGCCGGGGAGCUGCGCUGGGGCGACUGCCACCUGCAGAAGAUCCUGGGCAGCGACUGCUACGGCCUGGGCAUGAAGACAGGCGUCGACAAGCUCUGCUUCGACCCCCAGGGCCGCCCGCUCUGGCUGGGCGACCCCUUCCCCACGGCCUGCGCCCGCGUGGACGCCCUGCGCUCCCACGGCUACCCCCGCGAGGCCCUGCGCCUGGCCACCGCCCUGGCCACCACCAUGCGCCUGCAGCGCCGCCACCAGCUCGAGAGCUACAAGCAGCAGAAGAAAGAGAUAUUGCACAAGGGCAGCACGUCCAUCACCAACCUGGAGGGCUGGGUGGGCCACCCCCUGGACCCCAUCGGCUGCCUGUGCCGGACCCUCCUGGAGCCCUGCCGCACGGACCAGGAGGGGCUGUCGCUCUAUCCAGACGCGGCGGCGGACGGGAAGAAGAAGGUGCUGCACCAGCACGUGCCCGUCCCCUCCAGCCCCGGCUCGGGCGAGUCGUACCUGGCGCUGGCGCUGGAGGUGGCGCUGGCGGGGCUGGGGCAGCAGCGGGCCAUGCCCGAGGGGCUCUACGCCCAGGACAAGGUGGUGCGGAGCGAGGAGCAGCUCAUCGCCCUGCUGGACGAGAUGGAGCCGGACGAGAGGCUGGUGCAGGUGCUGCGCAAGCAGGCGGCGCUGCUGCUGGAAGGCGGCCCGUUCAGCGGCUUCGGGGAGGUGGUGUUCCGGGAGAGCCUGCCCAUGCACACCUUCGCCCGCUACCUCUUCUCCGCCCUGCUGCCCCACGACGCCGACCUGGCCUAUCGCCUGGCGCUGAGAGCCAUGAGGCUCCCCGUGCUGGAGACGGUGAUGCCGGCCGGGGACAUCCUCCACCAGAACCCGCUGGACUCCAUGAUGGCCAAUCGCUUUCCCCGCUGGUUCAUCCUGGGCCACCUGGAGACGCGCCAGUGCGAGCUGGCAUCGGCCAUGCUCACCGCAGCCAAAGGAGACCCCAAGUGGCUGCACACAGUCCUGGGGUCCAUCCAGCAGAACAUCCACUCCCCUGCCCUCCUGUUCAAACUGGCCCAGGAUGCCUGUAAGACCGCGACGCCGGCCAGCGCCCCACCGGACGCCACGCUGCUCAACAUCUCCCUGGAGCUCGGCCUGCAGGUGAUGCGGAUGACUCUGAAUACCAUGACGUGGCGCCGGAGGGAGAUGGUGCGCUGGUUGGUGAGCUGUGCCACUGAGAUCGGCGUGCAGGCGCUGAUGAACAUCAUGCAGAACUGGUACAGCCUCUUCACCCCCAUCGAAGCCACCACCAUCGUGGCCGUGACGGGCACCACCCCGGCCACCCUGCUGCGCCUCAACCUGGCCUUUGGGCAGCGGGACGAGCUGUGUGCCCGGGCCCGGGCCGUCGCCCUGCAGUGCGCCAUGAAGGACCCGCAGAACUGCUCGCUGCCGGCCCUGACCCUGUGCGAGAAGGACCACGCCGCCUUCGAGGCCGCCUACCAGAUCGUGCUGGACUCGGCCGCCGCGGCCGGCAUGGGCCACUCCCACCUCUUCACCGUGGCCCGGUACAUGGAGCACCGGGGGCUGCCCCUCCGCGCCUACAAACUGGCCACCCUGGCCUUCUCCCACCUCAGCAUCGCCUUCAACCAGGACACGCACCCGGCCGUCAACGACGUGCUGUGGGCCUGCUCGCUCAGCCACUCGCUGGGCAAGAGCCAGCUCGCGGCCAUCGUGCCCCUCAUCAUCCAGAGCGUGCAGUGCGCCCCCAUGCUCUCCGACAUCCUGCGGCGCUGGAGCCUGCCGCCGCCGGGCCUGGCCGCCCUCUCGGGCCGCCGCCACGCCCCCAAGCCCCCCGGCCUGGACAAAGCCCCCCUCGGCCAGCUGCUGGAGGCAGCCAUCGCCGCCUACGUCAGCACCACCCACUCCCGCCUCACCCACAUCAGCCCCCGGCACUACAGCGAGUUCAUCGAGUUCCUGUGCAAGGCCCGCGAGACCUUCCUGCUGGCCCCCGACGGGCACCUGCAGUUCGGCCAGUUCCUCGACAACCUCAAACAGACCUACAAGGGCAAGAAGAAACUCAUGCUCCUGGUGCGGGAGCGAUUUGGCUAGGGGGCCGGGCCACGGGCUGAUCCUUCUUCCCCUCCCCCCCCCGAUUGGGUCAGUUGUGGGGGUUCCCCAGCUGAAUCCGUAGACCCCCAUCACUGCCCCUUGAGGGUGGGGCUGGUUUGACAUGGACCCAUCUGACUGGGGGGCCCUGGGCCACGACCUGGUCAAUGGGGGGGGGGGCUCUGUACCCUCUUGAAGGACCCUGUUUCUCUCCAGUGUUUAAUUUAUAGGUGGGGGGGGGCAGACUCAUGGUGGGGGGGUAGGAGUUGCAGAUUUCAGUAUUACUGCAGCCUGGCUGCGGCUACCUGCCUUGAAGGAUCAUCUCCGAGAGCCGAGCCCAGGGGUCGGAGCUGGGCAGAAGCAGCUGGCGGUGGGGCCAGCCUGGGGUUGAUGGGGAGGGGCUGGAGGCCCGAUCCUCAGGCAGGAGGGGCCGGGCCUGGGCUUGGCAGCAGCUGUGAGAUGCAUCUGACUUUAGCCAGCCCCUCGGAGGGGAGGCACUGCUGGCUUCCUGCUGCUCUGAGCCAGGUGGGGGAGCCGUAAUUGUUGGAAAUCAGCCCUGUCUCCACCCUGGCUCUCCCGGAGUCUGGACCAUUUUUGCCCAUAAAUUCCACUUUGGGAAUUUGAACCUGUGACAGCCGAAGCCCCCACCUGUCCUGGCUCCACCCUGAGAAGGGAACUGGACCAGCCGUCGUCCAGAUCUGGGAGAGGCCGGGGGAGCCCCAGCUGCAGGGCUCGUCUGCCCUUGGUUCUAGCCUGUCCGUUCCUCUGCUACCUCCCAAAACCAUCUCCAGGAACGGGCGGCUCCGGCCCUGAUCCCUGGGCCUGGCCCCUGCAACCUCCGACCUCUGGGGCUGCCUCUCUCCCAGCACGGGGCAGCCGGGCGAGGGGCACCCGUGCCUGCCUGCCAGUCUGGUGCUCCCAGCCCCAAGCCGCAGGCCUGGUGGAUUUCCUGCGGUUCUCCGGUUCUUUUCCAGCCGGGGGAGGGGGGUUCUUUCCAGUUGAAUAUUUAGGGACCAACCUCCCCGUUAUCUCUGGUCCUGUCUUCCCCCCAUCUCCAGUAUUUCUGCUCUGACCCCUGGAGGGAGGGAAGAUGUAGAUGAAUCCAGGACCCAGUUGCAAGGGGUCGGGGGGCUAAAUCGAUCCCAGCAAAGAAAAGGGGGGACCCUGAUCCAGCCUGUCUUGCACCCCUGUGGGGCUGGGGGUGUGAUCUGUUCUGCAGACACCCCCAAGUGAAGGAUUCCCGGGGGGGCCAGGAGCUUUCCUGGCUCCUAGCAGUGCUCGUUUCAUACCUCAACCCUCCCCCUGCUUCAGGCCAGAACAAGACUUAGGAGACUGGAGGGUUUUUGUUUCUUUUUCUCCCCCGGUGGGGGGGAGGGUAAUUUCUCAGUCUCCAGCAGAGGGUGUGCUCCCCCCUCUCCAAAACUCCAUUUUCCUCUGGCUCAAUUCUACUCAGGAAAGACGCCCGGGCACGUUACAAACUCGAUUCUUGUGAAGAUGAGAGAAUCUAAAAGAAAUUAAUAUAUAUGAAGAGAGGGUCUGAAAUGAGGUGGGGGGGUGGGGGCUGUUUGACUCUAAUGCUCCAUGUCCCUGGAGAGCCGCGGAGGGGCAGCCGCUAUUGUUCUAUAUUGCACAGCUCUGGUGAGGAGCCCUCCUGCUCUGGUUUGUACUUCCCGGUCAUUGUUGGGUCGUUUGUCGGUUUGGUUUGUUUCCCUGCCUAUAUUACAAAAAAAAAAAAAAAAUCCUGUAAUUUUGUAAUUUUUUUCUAUUUAUUGAAUUGUUUAUUGUGUUGUAUUUUUUGUAAAAGUUUUAACAUUAAAAAAACGACUUUUUUGGUUU